AUGGGGUGCAACAUGUGUGUGGUUCAGAAGCCUGAGGAACAGUACAGGGUCAUGUUCCAGGUGAAUGGUAAGGAGCUGUCCUGUCUUUCACGGGACCCCACCCUGGAUGUGCGAGACCCUCUGCUGUCUCACGUGUUGAAGAGGGGGGCCCGGCGGCGGGCGGGACUGGCAGGGACAGCAGCAGUUCCAGGGGGGCUGACUGACUGUGUGGACAGCGGCACUCAGACUGACAUCAGCUUCCAACACAUGUUGACUCUGGGAAGGACCGCCCACCACCCAGGUGGAGCCCCGCCCCCUCACCCGCCCCCCUCCCCUCCACUGCCACCCAUCCUGGAACCCAACCUGCUCAACGAGCUGUGACCUGAAUAUUAUGACCCCAAUGACUACUUUGACAUCACUCAGCAUGAGGCGGAUCUCAGGCAGGAUGAGUUGGAGUAUGAGGAGGUGGAGCUGUAUAAGUCUCGUCAGCAGGACAAGCUGGGGUUAACGGUGUGCUACCGGACAGACGAUGAGGAGGACCUGGGGAUCUAUGUGGGCGAGGUCAACCCCAAUAGUAUAGCUGCUAUGGAUGGCCGUAUCCGAGAGGGGGAUAGAAUCUUACAGAUAAACGGGGUGGACAUCCAGAACAGAGAGGAGGCGGUGGCCAUUCUGACCCAGGAGGACAGCACCAACAUCUCCCUGCUCCUGGCCCGGCCUGAAAUAGAGAAUGACAACCAGCUGGACCCAGAUGAACUGGAACUGGAGGUUCUGGAUAACGCUGUCCACCUGCCCAGCCCCCAUCAGCUGUGGAACAGGGCCUCCAUGCUGGGUGAAGGACCAGGGGUCGUGGGUGGGGGUGGUGUGGUGGUAAUCCGCGGGCGAGGUCACCGUGACUCUCCAGGCCUGCUCCACACGUUGCUGAGUAACAGCCAGGAGUUGGACAGUGGGGUGGGCCGUACAGACGAGAGUACCCGCAAUGAGGAGUCCUCAGAACACGACCUACUAGGAGACGACCAGACCAGCGCCCCCACCACCAACGCCACCAACACCCCCGGCAGCAUGCGCAGGUUCCACUCUGGCCAGGGGGACAGGGACACCCCACCCCUUCUACAUGGCCACUCCACAGAGUUCCACUUCAGCACUGACUCUCUACUGGGUCUGGACUGUCUGAGUGGGGGAGGAGGUGGUGACCUGGCAGGGGAGAGGGUCUACGCAGCUGACCCAGUGAUGAUGAUGAUGCCGGGUCUGACAGAAGAAGAGUGUGAGAGGUACAGGGAGCUCCUGGAGAUCAAGUGUUAUUAUGAGAAGAACAGCAAUGCUCUUCUGCUGCUGGGGGAGCAUGAGGGUCAUGGGGAACAGGGGGGCGAUGGGGGGGUUCCUCUGGAUGUGAAUAGGAAUGAGAGCCUGAUGCAGCAUGAGAUGGCCCUCGUGGAAGAGGAGCUACGCCACCUGGAGUUUAAGUGUCGUAACAUCCUGAGGGCCCAGAAGAUGCAGCAGCUCCGGGAGCGCUGUCUCAAGGCAUGGCCCCUGGAGGAGGAAAGUGGGGCUGGAGGUGGGGCCGGGGCUGGGCGGGUGGCUCCUUUGGUUAGCGAGGAGUCCUGUCACCAUGAGCUGUCAGACAUUAAUGAGUUGCCUGAGAGGGAGCGCUCCGACAAGGACAGCACCAGCGCCUACAACACAGGAGGGGAGAGCUGCAGGAGCACCCCUCUGGUCAGCGAACAGUAUCCCUCCCCCUCUAGGGGAGGCAGGAGUGAGAGGGGGCAGGCUAACCUGAACCAGCCCUACUCCCCUAGCUCACACAGGAGGGGAUCGGAAGUCAAGACCUCUAGCCCGAGAGGGGCCAAGUUCAGAUCCCUGUCCCGUGACGGGGGGGCAAGGAGGGGGUCAGACGGAGGGGUGAGAUGCCCCAAAACCAAUGGAACAGUGGAGGGGAGGGAAGGGCGUAGCGCUGAGAACAGCCCUUAUCUGUCCCGCCGCCACUCUGGCUCCAGAAUCCCCCAGCGCUACCAGAGCUGCAUGCAGCUGAGCCUGGGGAGCACAUGCAAGGACAUCCCCCAGGGCCCUGUGUCCAUGCCAUCCUUACCCAUCCCCCCUCCCCUGCCUCCGCCGGCCUCACCGCGUAUGGAGUGGAAGGUCAAAGUACGCAGCGACGGAUCCCGCUAUGUUGCCAAGCGGCCCGUUAGGGACCGCCUCCUGAAGGCCCGGGCCAUUAAGAUCCGGGAGGAGCGCAGCGGCAUGACCACGGACGACGAUGCCAUCAGCGAGAUGAAGAUGGGCCGCUAUUGGUCCAAGGAGGAAAGGAAGCAGCAGCUUCUCAGGGCCAGGGAACAGCGCAGACGCAGGGAGUUUAUGAUGCAGAGCAGGCUGGACUGCCUGAGGGAGAGGGAUAGGGAGUACAGUGGCGGUGGACAACAGGGGGCUCCGCAGGGACAGGAGCCCACUACCAUCUUGGAGCUGAGCCACAGGAGGAGCCAGAAGAAACGGAGCCGUAGGAUCCUGGACAACUGGAUCACCAUCCAGGAACUACUGGCCCACGGAACCAGGUCACCUGACGGCAAGAAGGUCUACAACCCUCUGCUGUCAGUCACCACUGUCUAA